AUGGGUACCAUACCAUUACUACGUUCUCCUCUCAAUAUUCUGGUAGAUUCCUUGGCUGAGCCGGAUGUGACUGUGCCGGUGCUCAGGGAGGGUGAGGAGGUGAAUCUGACCUGCACUGUUCCCGCUCCCUGCCCCAGUCACCCUCCAAAUGUAAUCUGGGAUCCUGCAUUAGGUGGUAACGUAACACAGAGGACACAGAUGAACGCUGAUGGGACUCAGAGUGUUUCUGCCAUCUUGAAUUUCAUCCCAUUGUUACACCAUCAUGAGCUGAAAGUGAACUGUGUUUCUAUUCAAAAUCUACACAGAGAGGACAGACCCCUGCUCAGCCACAAGAUGGUCAUCCUCAGUGUGGAGUAUCCUCCGAAGGAAACAUGGAUCUCUUUCACAGACUUGGUCUGGCUUGGUGAUAAUGUGACCCUCACCUGUCAAAGUAAAGCCAACCCUCCUGCAGUCCACAGGUGGUUCAUGAAGAGAGCAGGUUUAGAGGAAGAAUUGGGCAUCUCACAUGUGAUUUCCUUCACUACUUCCCGUGAUAACACUGGGGAAUACAUUUGUGAGGCACAGAAUCUAUACGGUGCAAUGAACUCCACAAACUUACAGAUCACUGUCCUAGGUCAGUCUGUGCUGGAGACUAUAGAUGUUGAGUUUUAAAAAAUGAGCCCUAGCACGUGAGAAAAAACUAUUUUUAUUAGUUA